AUGCCGAACUCGAACCACGCGAGCUUCUCGACCUUCUCGUCGAGGGCCUCGGAUUCCUCCCAGGGAACCUCGGCCUCGACCCUCUUCCCCCAGCCGCCCAUUCCUACCUCGACCCCCGUCAACGGAGGCCCCGUCGUCGGCGCCGAAAAUGUAAUCAACAAGCGUGGCGACAAAGAGCAGUCGCUCUUCAUGAUCUGUUUGAACCUGCGCCGCCGCCUGAAGAACGUGCCCGACUUUGAGCAGACGCUCCUGGAGGAAGAGGAAUUCGCGGACGAAGACACCGACCCGGUCACACUGCUAUGGAGGACAUUCCGGAGGGGCUAUCCCUUGAUGACCAUUUACAACGCGCUCGAACCCGAGGUUCGUUUGGAGGUGGACAAAAACAAGGUUUCAGAGAAGAAACGAGAGCAGGCUGCCACGUACAAGUUUUUGUCGGCGUGCAUAAAUCAACUCAAAUUCCCCGCAGAAGACUGCUUCGUCAUCAGCGACCUUUACGGUGACGACACGACCGGCUUCGUCAAGGUCGCCAAGGUCGUGAAUCGAGUCCUCGAUAUCCUAGUCCAACAAGGCAUAAUAUCCAACGACACGGAGCAGGUCGACCCGUCUGCGCCAGCAACGGCCACUUCGACCAAGCGUACCCAUCGCCAGCAUGUCAUCGACGAACUCGUCACCACGGAACGAACGUAUGUUCAGCAUCUCGAGCUUUUGCAGGCGUUCAAGAAGCUUGUGGAAGAGAAGGGUGUCAUCACUGGUGAUGCUGUCCACGGCAUCUUCCUAAACUUGAACGCGCUUCUUGAUUUCCAACGCCGAUUUUUGAUCCGUGUGGAGCAGACCAACGCACAGCCAGAGUCGGAGCAAAACUGGGGCAGGUUGUUCGUUCUGUACAAGGAGGCAUUCAAGGUCUACGAGCCAUACAUUGCCAACCAAAAGAAAUGCGAGGAGGUGGCCAUGCAAGAGUUUGAAAGGCUGAAGGAGACCGGCGGUCCUCCUGAACUGAGGCAGAUGGUCGAAUCGCCAACUCAUCUCACCUCCUUCCUCCUCAAGCCUUUCCAGCGUCUUGCGAAAUAUCCUUUGCUUCUGAAGGAACUACGCGACAAGGGCGACUUGGACGACGCGAGAAAGGAGGACAUUUCUACCGGUAUCGAAGCAGCGUCGGCCGUCCUCAAGAGAACAAACGAAGCCAUCGAUCAGGAAGACCGUAAGGAAGCAGUGGAAGAACUCAAGGGCCGCGUUGAAGAUUGGAAGGGCCACAAAGUAGAGGGCUUCGGCGAUUUGCUCCUCUACGGCACCUUCACCGUUUUGAAGGGCGAUGGAUCAAGCCUGAAGGAUCAAGAGCGAGAGUAUAAAAUUUACCUUUUCGAGAUGAUCUUGCUUUGCUGCAAGGAAAUCAACCCCAACAAGCAGAAGAACAAACUUACGAACAAGCCCUUGUUUGAUCGGAGGGGCAAGCCCAAGCUUCAACUUAAGGGCCGGAUUUUUAUGCAGAAUGUCACCGACGCCAUUUCCACCAGCAAGCCUGGAUCUUAUACUUGUCAGAUUUUCUGGAAGGGCGAUCCUGGGAUUGAAAACUUUGUGGUCCGUUUUACCACGGAAGAGCUCAUGAAGAAAUGGGCAGCCCAGGUCGAUGCGCAACGAAGAAUCUUCAAGGAUGCCCAGACACGAUCCAGCACGAGUGCCAAACAGUCGACCACCUCUGCGACCGAAUUCACCUACAUCAGAGACAAUCAGGCGCAGCUUGAGAACCCGUACGCCGAGCAAGAGGACGACGAGGAGAUUGAUCCAGCCGACCCUAACGGGUAUCCGGCGGAUUACAGCCUUAAUCAAGAUACCCCAACUAUCCGCUCCCGCUCGGCGACCGGCGAAAGUGGCGUUAAUCCGCUCGACUCAUCGCGCUCGCCACCCCCGCGCUUGCCUUCCAAUGCCAUGCAAAACCCACCACUCUCGCUUCGGACACAACAACUCCAAGCGGGCGCUGUCUCGCCAGGCGGAGGGGUGCACAUGGACUCGUACUUCUCGCCACAACUUGAUUCACCCAUGUCGACGCGCACAAGCUCUUCGUCUGGUAUGUUUCCCUUUCCAAGACAACAAGCGCCUAACGGGUGGCAUGGAGACGACUACCGCUUCACUGCCCCAGCAAUGGGCCGCAAUGGCUCCCGCGACGCAUCCAGCGGGCCUCACGGCCGCAGCGGGCUUCAACGGCCAUCUCUACCUCCGAACGCUGGUGCCGCUAGUAUCAACUCGCAAAUCCGGUUUCGUUCAGCUAGCAGCCCUGAUAUCCACAACCACCUUCUCACCGCAUCGCAGCGCCGUAUCCCAGGCGGCUCGGUGCCAGAUGUGCCCCCCUUCCCCACUCACUAUGCAUAUAAUCCCGGCGUCAAUCGAAGCCAGACAAACUCCCCCAAUGUCCCCCCUACUUCGAACCCGCGAUCCGGCACGCAGUCACCUACCAUACAGAGGGAGAAGGCGGCGUUGCGGACACCCGGGUCCGAGAUCAAUUUGCACUUCGAUGCUAUGCCCUCGAGGACCGCGACGCCAGGUGGAGACAGGCCGGCCUCGCCGACGCUGGGCUCCGUGGCACCGUCGGAUGUUGCGAUCCCAUCGCAGCUCAAGGUCAAGGUGCACUGUCCGUCGGCGGGCACGACGAUGACGCUCGUAGUCAGCACCAACAUCAGCUUCCAAAGCCUCAAAGACCGCAUCGACGCCAAGCUGCAGCGCAGCACCAACAUGAGCCUCAGCUCGGGGCAGGUCAAACUCAAGUACAUUGAUGACGACGAUUACGUCAACAUCAUGUCGGACGAGGAUGUGCAGAUGGCCUUUGAGACAUGGAAGGAGCAGCACUGCGACCAGCUGCUUUCCGGGCAGCUUGGCGAGAUCGAGCUCUUCUGCCAGCGUUGA